AUCAUCCAGGAGAUCCGGAGCCUGUUCCCGUUCUUCGGGGGGGGGUACCAGGGCUGGAAGGAUUCCGUGCGGCACAACCUCUCCUCCAACCCCUGCUUCGCCAAGGUUCUCAAGGACCCCUCCCGCCCCCAGGCCAAGGGCAACUUCUGGACCGUCGACCUGAGCCGCAUCCCCUCGGGCGCGCUGCGCCUGCAGAACACCCCCGUGGCGCGGGGGGGCGCUGCCGCCUUCCCCCCCGACCUCACCCCCUUCAUCCUCCGCGGAUGCCGCCCCCCCCUCCCCACUUCCUACAGCACCGCCGUGGCCCCCAACGCCGUGGCUGCCCCCGACGGCCCCCCCGUGCUGGCUCUGCGCUGGGGGGUGCUGCCCCCCAACAGCCCCCCCUUGGCCCCCCCCCAUAGCCCCGGGCCCCCCCCCAAUAAGAGCGUUUUUGACGUCUGGCUCAGCCACCCCGCUGAUGCCGCCCCCCCCGCGUUACGUUGA